AUGGCCUAUGGCCCGACUGAGAACAACCCCCCGGCGGGACCCUGGGCUAGAGUCGCACUCCGCCUUCCUUGGCCUGUCUCCAAGCAAGAUGACAAGAUCCUCUCUCCGCUAUUAUGUCUUCUUUAUCAGCAACCUUUCAAGAGGGAAAUAAAACUUCGUGAAGGUAUCGAUUGGAGUGCAGAGACCUUUUACAUGCGUAUUGGUGAAUCGCGAAACCAUGUUGAAGCGAUCUAUAUCUUCAUGAUCGGAGAUAUCUGCGACAUUCGAUGCGACCACUGCCUACGAGGCCGGGGUCCUUUCCCCCUCUGCGUCGUAAACAGACAACAUGGUGCACCUAAGGACUGUGCCAAUUGCUGGUGGGCAUCUACCAACCGCAAUCAACGAUGCUCCUUUGCUAUUAGAGGGACCGUCGCAUACCAGCAGCAAGUCCUCCCCAACAGGGGAAUCUCUAACAUGUCACCUGCCAUGCGUGAAGACUUUUGUCAGCUUUUGAACCACUACGGGAAGCACGGAAUCUAUUCACCCCACGUGUUAGAUCUCUCAUAUUCAAUCUUUUCUCUCUUCGUGCAAUGCCUCGCUACCGUCGCCCUUUCUACAUACCUGGGUUAG